CUGGGUAAUGUAGUUCAAUAACAUUCCAGUUACUUCCCACAUGCGUGAUUGUUUACGCCUACAAACCUGUCCAUGAACUGGACGUUGUUGAUGGCCCCAGAAGGAUCAGCAGAGAAGCAGAUUUUCCCCAUUACAAACACUUUGAUAAAUGCGUCGAUAUGCUGCGGGGCAAAACUAUUAUCGUGACCGGGGCAAACAGCGGCAUUGGAAAAGCCACGGCGGCGGAGCUUCUGCGGCGUCAGGGCCGGGUGAUCAUGGCAUGUAGAAACCGAGAACGGGCGGAGAAAGCAGCCCAGGAGAUCCAGCAGGAGGCCGGACCAGAGCAAGGGGAGCUAGUAAUCAAACUCUUGGACCUGGCGUCGCUUAAAUCUGUCCGUAUAUUUUGCGAAGAGAUAAUCAAGGAAGAGUCAAGGAUUGACAUCCUGAUCAACAAUGCUGGAAUCUACCAGUGUCCUUACACCAAAUCAGAAGAUGGGUUCGAGAUGCAGUUUGCUGUCAAUCAUCUAGGUCACUUCCUGCUCACUAACCUCCUGUUGGACCUCCUCAAACGCUCCGCUCCUAGCCGCAUCAUUGUGGUGUCCUCCAAACUCUACAAGUAUGGCGAAAUAAACUUUGAUGACCUGAACAGCGAGCAGAGCUACGAUAAAGCUUUCGCUUAUGCACGGAGUAAACUAGCCAAUCUACUCUUCACACUGGAGCUCUCGCACAGACUCGAGGAGACAGGAGUGACGGUAAAUGCUCUCACCCCAGGGAUUGUGAGGACUAACCUGGGCAGGCACGUCCACAUCCCACUGCUUUUGAAGCCUCUGUUUAACCUGGCUUCACGGGCCUUCUUCAAGUCCCCCGAGGAGGGUGCGCAGACUUCUAUCUAUCUGGCCUGCUCUGGAGAUGUGGAGGGCGUUCAAGGGAAGUGCUUUGCUAACUGUCUUGAGGAACAGCUGUUAGCUAAGGCCACAGAUGAGGAGGUGGCCAAGAAACUGUGGGACAUCAGUGAAGUGAUGGUGGGCAUCACAACCUGAAUCUUACAGACUUGAGAAUUUGAAUCACAUGUCCAUUAUUAUUUCAAAUCUGGCAGAAAAUAAAUCUUACAAGUCAAGUAUUUUGGAAAGACUGUCUCGGGGGAAAAAAAAUGUACUCAUGCUAUCAUCCACAGGAGGGAGCUAUUUUUGCCAUUCAUAUUCACUUGUCCAUUUGAAAUGCUAACUGUACAGUUGCAACUGACAGAUUUUUAGUUCUGCUGCAACACUAACAAUGUGUUUAAAUAUUUUAAAUUAACUAUAUAUUUAUAUUUUAAAUUAAUCUCAUCUUCAGUUAUCCUGUUCCACGUUCCAUUUCUCAUGCUUUGAUGAAUUAGUAAUAAAUCCUGGUAGUCAGUUUCAGAGAUUUCAAAACUACACAUGCUCACAUGUUGGUUAAGACUAGAUGCAACCUUCUUCGUUUUUGUGCACAUAGUUCUGAAAAUUUCUAAUCUCAGUAUGGUGCCUAAAUCCUGCUCUAUUGUUACAUCUUUCUGCUGUUAGAAGUGAAAUAAUUAACAUUUGCACAUCUCUUACAGAAGAUCAUUGGGCAGGCAUUCUCAGUUACAGUAUUCAAUAAAGAUGCAUUAAACAAGG